AUGAUCAAAGAGGCAUUCCAGAUAUAUGGAAAGGUGGUCGAUAUAUACAUUGGUGAAGUCACGCGAAGAAGUUUGCUCCCCCACAAUAUCCUCCUAAGCAGGUUAAGUUGCAGCAUAUGUUGUGGCCAGGGAUUUGCAGAAGCAGUCACCGGAAAGAUAAAUGGUAACAUUAUGACUAAUCCACACCCAACUAUUACCUUAAAGCCCAUUGAAAUAGUUUCCAAGUGGGAAGAACGAGUACUGGUGGGUGAAGUAUGCAGUGCUCAACAUAUAGCAAACAUCCCUACAAUCAUGGAAAGAGAUAGUAAUUAUAGCGGGAAAGUGUACUACAUAGGAGGUUUGAAAAUAAUUAUUGUUUUCAUCAACCAGAAAGAGGCGGAUAUGUUUUAUCAGGACGAUUCAAAUUGGAACAGAUGGUUUAAAUGGUUAAAAAAGGGUUUCAAUGAUGACCAUGGAGCAACAAGACUUGCAUGGGUGAGAAUACAUGGAGUUCCUGUAAGAUUUCGGUCUGAAGAGAACUAUACGAAGAUUGCUGAGAACUUUGGGAAACCAAUAGAAACAUUUGGUGGCAAUUGGAAAUUUUUUUGA